ACUACCAGUUUGCUGUUCGUGGGUGGUUCAGGAUGCCCGAGCACUGUCAGCAUUUCAUCGCCUCGUUCUUCCGGGAAUGAGACAGUUCAAAUCCGCAGUCUGCAACGUUCUGGCCUGCAAAGGGCAUUUGCGUUUGCGUUCGCCCUGUGCGUGUUAUUUUUUUGUUGCUAGUCCAGCAUAAAAGAACGUGCGUUAACAAUUAGUGAUUUUGGUGUGUUUCGUGAUUCCCAACAUCGGUCACAUAGCCGCCGUCAAACGCCGUACUUGAGUGAGGACUAGCUCACCCGUCGUAGCUCGAGAACGCGACACUCAGGAUCAAACUCGUUACAUGUGUGAACGUGCCCCCUUGGACAGCUUACAGCAUCCUACUACCACAAAAAGUACCAACCCCAACAACUGUGUGCACAUCGAUCGAGUUUUGAUCACUCUUCUGCCGAACAUUGAACACAUGAACGUUACUAAAGAACAGGCUGUGCCUGCAAGUGUAUCAAAAGUACAGCGGACGUGAAACCAGCUUCCGCCGAUGAUCGAAACCUCUAAACUGUUCACUUCAAACGAUUCAAAUAAAAAAAGUUGCAAACAAUGGAGCGGAAACUGUUGUAUGCAUUUCGCGGAUGGAUCGCAUUUGUGGCCUUCAUGGAUUUGGGUACGGCCUUCCGAUGUUACAUCGAGCGACGGAGCUUUCUGGGCGAUCACUCGGAAACACAAUUUAUUGAAGGCGAUUAUACCAUUUCUAGGAUACUGGGAAUCUAUUGCAUAUUGAAAGCAGUCGCAUUGGUUCACUGCACAUUGUAUAUACACUACAAAGCAGUUGUUAGUAUGGGAGGAUGCUCAUUAGCAAUAACGAUGAUGCUCUACAUAACCGAGGCCUUGUAUUUCCGCUCAACUACGUUAAACUUUUACGUUAUAUUCCCGUGUGUCCUAAACUCAAUAACACUUGUAGGUUUGUUAUAUAUUCCCCGUAAAUUACGGCUCUGGGAGCAUCGGACUGCAUCAGAAAAUGAUGACGAAAACUCGCAGCUCCUGAAGCAAAUGGGUGGAUUUAAGAAGAGACGAGCGCACAAGAACAAAACUCCAUGAAUUUUGUGGAUCGCAUAAUACUAGAUAUUACGCUAUAGAUACAUACUUUGGCACAUUACCCUAUCCCACCUAUCCCCACCCUAAACUUCUGCCCCCUGGUGCGGUAUUCCUCGUUAAAGUAGUUAAAGUUACUGAGCAAAAAACCAAUAACACCGAAAUAGCCAUCCCAACGUCCCUAGUAACAUGAUUAAUCAUAUCGUGUCGCGGUAUGUACUGCGCCAAACCCUUCUCCUUCGCAAACGUACGAACCGGAUAUGGUCUCGUAAGUACAGGGAUUAAUCCUAUGUGCUCUUUACUACACAUUCAUAGCAACAUUUGAAUUGAGCGCCUGGCCUGGCGUUGUAGCUGCCGAACGACUGAUGCUACUAGAAUCAAGUACACGAUCACUUCCAUCUCUCCCCUUUCAGCACUUUUGGUAGGAGUCUGGACGCGACACCAGACAGUCACCAAACAUUAUCUUGCACGGGUUUUCUUGCAAACUAGAAGAGUUAGUAUUCCAGCAUCUGAAUCGGGACGCUGUCGGUUCUGUUGCACACUGGACUACCAAACUCGUACGCUUUAGAGUGACUGAUUCCUACUCCACAAACGAUAAUCUUUUUACCAAUUUUCUAAACAAAAGUAGCUGAUAACAAAUACACCUUUGAAAGCUAUACUGCUAUAGCUUAGAAAAUAGGCACAAGCAGAAUCGGCUGCAUCUUUCCCUUAUUUUCCACAGCCACAUACACUUUCAUACGCUACCUUCGCUGCACACAGUUCAAUAUAAAGCACGUAAAACCUAAGCAAACCACUAGUAGUUAGCGAUAGUCAGGAGAAUAACGAACACGCAAAACAAUUUCUACAUAUUUUUCUACGACUUCCAUCACGUACGCAAAAACAAGCCGAGAAGUAAGGUAUUUCAUAUAUUCCUACUAACUAGAGCCUCAACGAAAAACACAAAGAAAAAAAUGAUUAAAACAAAUGUGGGCUUGUUGGUAGUCGCGUUCGAACAAAUGAUUCAGGGGUAUAAAGUUAGAUGUAGCGGAUGGACUUUAAAACAACCAAAUGUGAAUGCAACAAAGCUUUAAAACAACAUUUAUAACACAAAUUCUAACUCUUGUCAUCCGGGCCCCCGUGGAGGAGUGAGUGAGGAGCCUGCCAUCAAAUAUCGAGCAACCAUGCAUAAUCCUGAACAAAACUUGAUAUUUUACAUUGCCACCAGCAUCUAGCGCGUCUUGUUUCAGAAGCUGCGUCUCCUGAGCUCAAGUUCCAAUGAUUCUGAUGGCAUUGUGGGCGUAGUAGGUGAGCAAUUGAAAAUGAUAAACUUAAGUUCCAUCUACCUUAAAGCCUGGCCUGCGGGAUGGACACACCGAAGAUCCGGUAACGUAAGGCAUCAAAAUCUUUACUUGCAAAUCGUAUCUACCUUCAACAGGAAUAUUGUGAUUAGUUGUAAAAACACGAGUCACAAACACGAGGUAUGCAAUCAUAAAACACCCUUAUAUUAAUCGAACUAAGCAGAUGUACAUUUUUGCCAGGGGUUGAGCGCGAAUGCAAUUGGCACUAAUGUUGGCCAGCCGCGCACGUUUCGGGCAGGCGCAGCUAGGCGAAUAUGUUGUAAUUGGUUUGAAUUUGAAGAAGUAGGUGCAAACAGAGUUUGUGAGGGUUUUCAGUAGCGUGAGACAAGAGUUAAGACAUGAGCAAAACUUGUUUGUGAUAGUGAGACAUAGCAAAUAUUCAAAUGUAUAGGGUUCACAACAGGAAUACUGCAUUACUACACGUUACGAAACGACCAGUUACUCUAAGAUUUCAAUUCUCCGGAUGCAAUAAUCGCCUACAGUUUGUCGUCUGCUGCAAUAGUCUUGGAAAUCUUGCAUUGUGCACAGUUUUCUGCAUCGCCAAAAUUGCAAAUUUUAUUACCGGUAUUCACGUACUGUGCAUUUUGAGGUGCAAUUCUAUCUUUAACAAGCCACGGCGGAAAGGAUCGCCUAAAUUGCACUUGAUAUGGGGGGUACGAGGACGAGCAGAAACAACUUUGAGCAAAUUUUACCGUUAAGUAGCAUUUUGCCACAUUUAUACAUUUCAAUCAAACACACAUUUACAGUCAAUACUAGUUGACAAUCGGACCAGCAGCAGUCGACACUGCUUGUUUAAAUCCUCUCUAGUCAAAUACCUAGGUAAGUGUUGCUCGAAGCACUUUUUCGGGCGUACGAAUUAUAGUUUACUUUAUUGAAAACAACGAUAACAACUGUUGUAAUACCGUAAAGAGUUCAUUCAUUCUAAGGCCGAACAAACGGAUCGCAAACAAUAAAAGGCGCUGCAACGCAAACGCA